CUGAAGUCGAAGCGGACGACUUGCGGAAGGAGCAAAUCAAAAUGGCGAGCCAAGAGGAGUCUGUGAGGGAGUUCGUCGCUGUCACUGAUGUGGACGAAGAGCGGGCCCGCUUUUUCCUGGAGUCCGCCGGCUGGAACUUGCAGCUCGCACUCGCCAGUUUCUAUGAGGAUGGAGCUGAUGACGACAUAGUGACGCUCCCUCAGCCUGAGGGAGGCUCCUCAGUGUCCCGGUCUGCAGGACCAAGCACACAGCCCAGAGUGACCUCCUUCAGAGAUCUGAUGCAUGAGGCAGAGGAGGAGAGUGAUGAGGAGGAAGGUCAAAGGUUUUUUGCGGGGGGGUCAGAGCGCAGUGGGCAGCAGAUCGUUGGACCUCCAAAGAAGAAGAGCUCCAAUGAAGUUGUGGAGGAUCUGUUCAAAGGUGCCAGAGAACAUGGUGCUGUACCUCUGGAUCGGCCUGGGAAAGGCCCAGGAGAGGCCAGCAAAGCCAAGGCGUUUGCAGGUGGAGGUUACAGGCUCGGAGCAGCUCCUGAGGAGGAGUCCACGUACGUGGCCGGAGACAGACACGCCUCCAACAGUCAGCAGGAUGUACACGUUGUGCUUAAACUGUGGAAGACGGGUUUCAGUCUGGAUAACGGUGAACUCAGGAACUACAGUGAUCCUGGAAAUGCCCACUUCCUGGAGGCAAUCAGACGAGGGGAGAUUCCUCUGGAGUUGAGGCAGCGGUCACGAGGAGGUCAGGUCAACCUGGACAUGGAAGACCACAGGGACGAGGACUUCACCAAACCCAAGAUGGCCUUUAAAGCGUUUGUAGGUGAAGGACAGAAGCUGGGAAGUGCCACUCCAGAGUUGGUUUCAGGUCCCGCCUCCUCCCAGCUGGACCAGGCUGCCAACGAGGCCCAGGCCAGCGCCUCCGUGUCCGUCGACUCCUCCCAGCCCGUCACUAACAUCCAGAUUCGACUGGCCGACGGUGGCAGACUGGUACAAAAGUUCAACCACACCCACAGGGUUUCCGACCUGCGCCAGUUUGUGGUCGGGGCGCGGCCCGCCAUGGCUGCCCGGGAGUUUGUCCUCAUGACCACUUUCCCCAGCAAGGAGCUGUCGGACGAGAACGAGACGCUGGAGCAGGCCAACCUCCUCAACGCCGUCAUCGUCCAGCGGCUAAAGUGAGGCAGCACCGAGCGUAAGGUCAAUCCCUGCUGGUGUGGUCGGGUACUGCGGCCACGUGAAAGCCUGCUGCCCCCUCUGAAGGGAGGAAAAAAUACACAGACUUAUGUAUGGACUUUUCAUUUCUGGUUUCUUUUUUUUUUUGGUUUUUCUAAAGUCAAAUGUAAUAUUUUGCCCCCCCUCACCUGCACCACCCCCACCCUCCAUCCCUGUGUGGUAUGAGACAGGAAGUUAUGACAUGGGGGGGGAAACUUAAAAAAAUGGAGUUGAGAUGUGAUGUGUGGAAAGCUGCAAAUGUGUUUGUGAUGGUGACGAGUUGACUCUCGAGAAGAACGACGUUCACUAAAAACUCCUUAACUUAGCUCCUCAUGUUUUCUAUUAACCUUGAUUUGACCCUUCAGCUCUGUCACUGUCAGGUGCCGAAGCUCUCACCGCACGAGUGUCUCCGUCUCAGCACCACAAACCAGAACCACAUGAGGAAUACUAGUCUUAUUAAAGGGAUAGUUCAGGGUUUGUUUGUUGCUGUGAGGCAAACAGAUCCUUGAGAUAACGUAGACUUAAUCGGGUGUAGAUCACACAACCACACCUCCGUUAGUUCAGCUUUUCUGUUGUGAGGUAAACUGUGCUGCACAACAUGGAGUAGAGCAGGACCAUCAAGACUUCCACCACCUUUUCACACCAUUCUUAGAAGAUAUUCAGAUUGUGACUCGAGUGUCGUGAUUGUCCUCUAAAAACAUCUCGCUCCUCCACGUCUGCAGACGUUCUGCUUUAUCGCUCACGGAGACGUUGGCUCGUCCCGCUGCAGCAGCGCUGCUUUGUUUAACGUCUUCUCAGUCACAGGCGAUUUUUAUAUUGUCAUGCUUUUCAAUAAUCCACGCGUUUGAUCGCCAGCUGAAGCAUGUUUGAGACUGUUAAAAACACCACAUGUGACUCUAUCAUUCCUCUUCCGCACUCACUCUCGACAUGUGUCGGUGAAUUUGGAGAGAGAGACGCUGUUCGAUGCUCGCUGGGAUUACAUGACCUGCAGCGGGAGCUUGCUUGCGACAUGGCUGCCUGCACAUACACGGAGAAAAACACGGAGUGUGUGACCCUCACGUGAAGGAUCUGUCUCUGUUUCUUAUAUAACCACGUUUCAAAAACCUGAACUUUCCCUUUUUAAGUGACAAGUACAUUUCAGUCGUGUGGUUUUGUUCACGUUUCCUUUCCCUGCGACGACGUCACAAAACACAAGGACAAACCCACGUGUACCAGUAGCCUUAUUCUCGCCACAACUCCUUCAUCCUCUCAUUCAAAUCAAGAUGGAAUUAUUUUUUUAAGCUGCCUUUUGUCCCCCCCUCCUCCAUUCUUCUUUUCUUUUCUUUUCUGUCAUUUUACCGAUUGUACCGUCGUCCCCACUUAGAGAGAUUUUGAUGUGGCAUAACAUCACAGUUACACCAGUGGCUUUGAGGUCAGAGGACAAAGAAGUUAUAGAUUGUAAAACUGCUUUGUUGUAGUGGAAGAAGUUGAAUUGAGAUGAAAACGCUGACAUCCUCUAUGCAUCGUGGGGCGACACCGAAAUUCUGUUUGGACCUCCAGUAGAAUAAAUCCAUUUUAUGGUUGAUGUACAAAGAA